AUCGGCGCGAACCUCUACUACGACGUGGAGGUGUCGGGAGAGAACAUCACGAAGUACAACAACUUCCAGACCUUCGGGUACGCCAUGCUGACCCUGUUCCGGUGCCUCACGGGCGAGGACUGGCACAAGGUCAUGCAGGAGAUCGUCGACGACGGGAACCGCGUGUCCGCGUACCCGUUCUUCGCGACGUUCGUGAUCCUGGGCAACUUCAUGAUGCUGAAUUUGUGCGUCGCCGUGAUCCUCGAGGCCUUC